AUGCUGCACGCUGCCAUGAUCUCAGCCGCAUUGCUCAUUCUUUCGGGCUGCGUUAGAGUGGCAUCCGCCGGAUCCGUGGCGAUGAACUCGAAUGCAAUUAAGGUCGGUCCAGGUGUGGCGAGUUCAAGCCACCCGGUGAGCCCGAGCCCGGCUGAGAUACCUGCGGACACCGGCAGUCAGAACUUCGCUAUUGAUGCUCAACAGCAGCAUUUAAUCUGCGAAAGUGAUGAGGAAUGUGGCGAUGAAGAGUUCUGCUUUCUGUCCCGGGGCUUCUGUCUCCAGUGCAAGAAGCGCAGGAAGCGCUGCAUCCGGGAUGCGAUGUGCUGCCCUGGCAACCACUGCAGCAACGGAGUUUGCCUUCCAAAUGAUCCUGACAUGAUCCAGCAGAUUGGAAUGGAAGAGUUUGUGUCCAUCACCCAUGAGAACUCCACUGUCUUGGUGCAGCCAAAAGUUACAACUCAAGGCUUACCACAAAACCAAAUCCUGAAAGGUCUGGAGGGAGAAAAUUGUCUGAGAUCGUCAGAUUGUGCAGAGGGACUCUGUUGCGCCCGUCAUUUUUGGUCCAAAAUCUGCAAGCCCGUCCUGAAAGAAGGCCAGGUCUGCACCAAGCACAAGCGGAAAGGCACCCAUGGCUUGGAGAUAUUCCAGCGUUGUGAUUGUGGGGAAGGCUUGUCCUGCAGAACGCAACGAGGAGACGGUGUCAAGUCCUCACGGAGUCUGCACACUUGCCAGAGACACUAA